AUGGGUAAUGGAAGCUGUGAGAGGUUUAACCGGACGUUGCUAGGGAUGUUGGGUACUUUGGACCCGAAGGAUAAAGGAGACUGGAAAAGGCAUGUCGGUCCUCUUGUUCAUGCAUACAACAGCACACGGUACGAUAGCACAGGCUAUUCUCCAUUCUUUCUGAUGUUUGGUAGACAACCUAGGUUACCCAUCGACUUGGCAUUCGGAAUAGACAUUGGAGGGAAGCAUCAACCAUUGUCCAAGUUUGUAUCGUCUCUUCGCGAGAACCUGAAGAAUGCUUAUGACUCUGCAAGACGGUUUACGUCUACAGCUGCAGAACACCAGAAGAGGAAUUACGACAGGAAGGCUAGAGCAGUUGCUUUACAGGAUGGAGACAGAGUUCUAGUUCGGAUUAUGGCAUUUGAAGGAAAGCACAAAAUCUCCGACAAAUGGGAAGAUGAUGAAUACGUAGUGAUUCGUCAGCCUAAUCCAGAUGUGCCUGUCUAUGUCGUCCGCAAGUGUAAUGGAGAAGGAAAAGAAAAGACAUUGCACCGCAAUUUGCUCUUGCCCAUCGAUUUCCUGCAUGACACAGAUGAAGUGAGUUUUGAUGAGAAACCGGAGUCAACAACAAGAAAGAGGACAUUGACCAAGCCAGAGGAGGAGGAUAUUGUUACUUUGGAGACCGCAGACAGCGACUCCGAUGAAGAUGUCGACUCAUCAGUCGUCAUUGAUGAUCCUGUAGAGGGCCCGCUAUCAGAAUUGGAGAAUGGGAUACCUUCACAUCCCAAGGAGGAUACUCCGGCGUCUGAUACACAAGAGUCUGCCAAGCCUGUUGAUGGUGACGACUGUCAUCCGACUGUGGCAGUGGACGAAGCUCCGCCUGGUGACGACCAAGUCUCGGGGAAUGAUGAGACUGGGAGUGUUUCAGUCCAGGAUGAUCAAGAUGUGGUAGCACCAAUUGCACCACGGGUACCAACGCCAGCUCCUAGAAGAUCUACUAGAGCUAGGCAGCCUCCUUUGUGGCAGCAGUCAGGAGAGUUCGUGAUGAACUAA